AUGGAAGAAAGGAGGGAGCUUUGGAGGGAUGUUAUUACUCUUGCUAGUAAUAUCUCCAUUCCUUGGGUUGCUCUAGGGGAUUUUAAUGUUGUUCGUCAGCAAAGUGAAAAGCUUGGAGGGGAUCCAGUCCGUCAAGAGGCUGUUGACAAUUUUAACUCUUUCAUCUUUGACACUGAUCUUAUUGAUUUAAAGUGGAAGGGAGAACUCUUUACUUGGAAUAAUAGGCAGGGGGGCAGCUCUCGGGUCUGUUGUAAAUUGGAUAGGGCCUUGGUUAACUUAAAUUGGAUGGAUGCGCUCAGGUCUUCCGAAGCCACUUUCCUUCCCCCGGGGUUGUCGGAUCAUUCUCCAGCAGUGGUUUCGAUCCUUGAUGGGGUAAACUUUGGCCCAAAACCUUUCCGGUUCUUUGAGGCUUGGAUUGGAAGAGGGGGGUUCGAUGAAGUGGUGAUUAAAGGUUGGGACUAUCCAGUAAAUAUGAAGCUCAAUCCUAUUCUUCGGUUUGCGGCUCGCCUAAAAAAUGUCAAGGCUGAACUCAAGAAGUGGAAUAAAGACAGCAUUGGAGAUGUUUUUCUUGCAGUCAAGAAUGCUACAUUGGAGUUGACUCACAUUCAAGUUAGCCUUGCUGCCCACCCAAAUGACUCCGAUUUAGUUAUCUUAGAGUCAAAAGCCAAAAAGAAGUUAUGGGAAGCUCUUAGUACUGAAGAAAAAUUCCUUAAGGAGAAAUCCAGAGUCAAGAAUAUUCAAUUAGGGGAUGGAAAUAAUAGCUUCUUCCACAAGUCCAUGGUGUGUAGGCAAAAUAGGAAUCACAUUUUGGAGGUGCACAAUGAAAGAAAUGAGGUUAUCAAGGAACCCAAUCUUAUCAAAAUGGAGGCAGUUUCCUUUUACAUGAACCUGUUUGGAGCAAAUGCAGAUGACACUAGGUUUUUCCCUGAGUCUAUUCCUUUACAACACGGCCUGAAUCUUGCGCAGCAAAACAGUCUUAUUGGACAGAUUUCUAAUAAGGAAAUUAGAGAGGCGGUGUUUGCUAUGAAGAAUUCCAAAGCUCCAUAA